GGGGACUUCGGAGGCGAGGGCGACCUGCCUGGAAGCGGAGCCCACAUGGAGAAGGCCCGCAUCCCUGACCUACGCAGCCACCCAGGCCCGUUCCCCAACACUGCUACCACUCGGUGCCUUACUCAAGAAUGACUUAACCCAUGCUGGGUUUGCUGGUGGUGGUGAGGGAAAGUAGAGAUACUGCCCACCCAUGUUGUCUGAGGGUCACACAGCAUUUACAUCACAAUUGAGCAGGAGUUUAAAAAUGUCUGGUCCUCUCCCUCCCCACCACCUGUGGCUGUGUCCAGACGGAGAAUGUUCUAGCCCUGGAGGCAGCUGUGAAUGAAGUCCUUGGGGGGAAAAGAAGCAGGCCAAGGGCGAUGGUGGAGUAGAGCUGCCUCGCGGAGGCAGCAUGAGCUGAGAGGGUGACAAGAAGGAGGCGCUACACAGCAUGGAGGACUUUCUACUCUCCAAUGGGUACCAGCUGGGCAAGACCAUUGGGGAAGGGACCUACUCAAAAGUCAAAGAAGCAUUUUCCAAAAAACAUCAAAGAAAAGUGGCAAUUAAAAUUAUAGACAAGAUGGGAGGGCCAGAAGGUGAGCUGGGGCCUUUUGGAGGAAGGGUGGGCUAGCCAAAAUGGGUAGGCGCUUCCCUCAGACCAGCUCUUCUUCCCUUUGAGUCAGAAUGACAGAAAGCAAGUUAGAUUACUGCCCUAAAUAGAAGGAUGCGGAAAAUCCAGGAUCCUUACACCUUUCCAGAUCCACAAUUAAAGCACAAGGUAAAGAAAGGGUCCUCGGUUUUUCCUGUCCCAAGAGGUGUUGGUCAAAGGCAGCAGGAACUGGAGCCACACAGUGGAAGAGGGAGAGGAACACUGAAUCCCUGGAAAGAAUACUGGGUUCAAUAGCUUUGAACUUCCCAAAUAGCUCAUCUGUGGUCUCGCAGGCUGCUGGGCGGUUGUUCCAAGGAUGAGCCAAUCAUGAAAUAAUAAAAGGCAAAUACUUGCUGCUAGGGACAACCUGAGACUGUUCAGGGAGUCAAGGAGGAGCACCUAGACGUGGUAGGUGUCCAGAAGCUGGAAAGCAGGAGUCAAAAGUGAGAAACCAGGCCAUUUUGAUCUUGAUUUUGUCUACUUUUUCCCUCAGAGUUUAUCCAGAGAUUCCUGCCACGGGAGCUCCAGAUUGUCCGUACCCUGGACCACAAAAACAUCAUCCGGGUGUAUGAGAUGCUGGAGUCAGCAGAUGGAAAAAUCUACCUGGUGAUGGAACUGGCUGAGGGAGGGGAUGUCUUUGACUGUGUGCUGAAUGGAGGGCCACUUCCCGAGAGCCGGGCCAAGGCCCUCUUCCGUCAGAUGGUUGAGGCUAUUCGCUAUUGCCAUGGCUGUGGCGUGGCCCACCGGGACCUUAAGUGUGAGAACGCCUUGUUGCAGGGCUUCAACCUGAAGCUGACCGACUUUGGCUUUGCCAAGGUGCUACCUAAGUCAUGCAGGGAGCUGAGCCAGACCUUCUGUGGCAGCACAGCCUAUGCCGCCCCUGAGGUGCUACAGGGCAUACCCCAUGAUAGCAAGAAAGGCGAUGUCUGGAGCAUGGGUGUGGUCCUGUAUGUGAUGCUCUGCGCAAGCCUACCUUUUGAUGACACAGAUAUCCCCAAGAUGCUGUGGCAGCAGCAGAAGGGGGUGUCCUUCCCCACUCAUCUGGGCAUCUCAACCGAAUGCCAGGACCUGCUCAAGCGGCUCCUGGAACCAGAUAUGAUACUCCGGCCUUCAAUCGAAGAAGUUAGUUGGCACCCAUGGCUAGCAAGCACUUGAUAAAAGCAAUGGCAAGUCCUCCCCAAUAAAGUAGGGGGAGAAAGCAAACUGAAAAACCCGCUUCUAAAAUGGUGAUCUAUAUUUUACACUAAGUGCUCUCGUCCCCAAGCUCAUUCCUACCUCCUUACUGCGGCCCCGCAGGCUUCUUACCUUCCCUGUAAAGACCUUCCUGGAACUAAGGGCCUUAUUUAGAUUUUUCUUUUAUUAAUGGCUCUCAAAUGAUUUUCAUAGGUGAUUAGUUAGCGCUCAUUAAGUUAGACCCUAAUAUCAUCAAUGGGCAGGGAGAAGUGAAGAGAGAAACAUGAUA